CUUAGCAGGGAAAGCAGAAAUACAUCAGCAGCUGUGUAGAAUAAGAGGCAGAUGGUGCCCGGGCUUCAUCAGUAAUGAUGUGUGUGGCAGGACAGUGCUGAGAUCAUGGCUGUGGAAGCUAUUCAUUGCAGUCGGAACUCCAAUAAUAUCGACCACUCUGCCAGCGCGGACAACAUCAACCUGAACCUCCAGGGGGAACACACUGACUCACCCUCCGCUAAGGACACUUCAAAAGUUCCGGAGCCCAAGGGGACACCCAAGAAAGUGCAGACGGAGACCGACGCACCCAAGCCCACUAUACUUAAAGCAACCAAACCCGUAGCAUUCUGGACACAACACGACGUGUGUAAGUGGCUGAAGAAGCACUGUCCAAGCCAGUAUCAGAUCUACCAUGAGUCUUUCAAGGAGCACGAUAUAACAGGUCGCGCUUUACUGCGACUCACGGACAAGAAGCUAGAACGGAUGGGGAUCAGUCCAGAGAGCCAGCGGCAAUAUGUCCUACAGCAAGUCCUCCAGCUCAAAGUACGGGAGGAGGUCCGGAACCUACAGCUGCUGACACAAGCUAACUCUCAAUAAAGCACCCACAUUUCACCCACCCCUAUCACACUGUGGAGUUUAUUCCUCAUAUGUGUAA